GCUUCAUGUCUAUGCGGAUGUAAAUUAGUUACUAUAUAUCAUGGACGAGAAUUGGAAGGGUGUUCUUUCUAGAAAUUUCAGUGCGAUUGUUGGUCAUGUCGAUGAUCCCGAUGCCAUAGCAGAAUGUCUACAUUAUGACUGGAAUCCACCGGUGUUUACAGAAAAUGAUGUACAGCAGGUCAAGUCCUCGACCGAGGAUAACAAAAGUAAAACACGGAGGUUACUCAACAAACUUACAUACAAGACAAAUUAUCCACUUGUAGCACUUUAUAAUGCUUUCAAAUUAACUUCAAAUGUAUUCUUGAGGGAGCUCCUGGUGCCAUAUGUGCAGAGCUACUAUAAAGCCCAGAGAAUGGACAUCAGAAUCAUUCCUGCUAGUAGGUUACCUCUGCAAAAAGACGACUGGGAAGAUUUUCACAAAAAAGAUGUCAUCAUGUGUGAGAUUGAGUCGCAAAAUUUAUUGGAGAAUUACAAGGAUACAGUGAAAAAUUAUAUGAUGACAAAGGAGACAAGAGGAAGAGCUGUUAUUGUAAACAAUUUUAAUUUUGCUGGAAAAAAAAACAGAGAUGGUUCUGACAUGGAUGUCAGGCUUCUCAGUAACACAUUGGCACAGUUACACUUUGAUGUGAAAGUUCAUCAGGAUUUAACUGCAGAGCAAAUUAAGACAGAACUCGAGAGAGAAAGUCGCUUAGAAGAUCACAAGUCUGCACAGUGUUUUAUCCUGGUUGUAAUGAGCCAUGGCACAGCUGAUGGGGUAGAAGGCACCAAAGAAGAGGUUGUCCCAUUUCAAGAGUUUGCCAUUAUUUUCAACCCUGACAACUGUCCAGCACUCAGAGACAAGCCAAAGCUUUUCUUCUUCCAGUCAUGUCGUAGAAAAGGACCAGGCAUUUCCAUUGAUCCCAACCCUCGGAGAAUGAAAGAAGCGAUGAACAACAAAGAUUUCCUGUUUGCUUUUGCAACAGUACAAGGUAAAUGCACUGGUUUCUGA